ACUUUUUCAUUUGUUAAAUAGAUCAUUGGAAUGAUGCCAUGCAUGAAUCAAUAUCUCCAAUAAAAUAUCAAAAAUACGUUUUUUCUUCAGAAUUAGUGGAAAUAAAAAAAAUGUUGAUUUGAUGAAACCCCAUGCAUUAACAGUGAUGGACGAAAAAGUUCGGUAAUGAACGAAAAAGAAAAGAAUGUAAUCGAUUAAAAUUGAGUUAUAGAAAUGAACUAAAGCCAGUAAUGGAAGCAAAUGAGCAGUAACGGACGACCAGUAGUAAUGAAAGAAAAUGAGCAGUAAUGGAGGAAACCAGUAGUAAUGGAAGCAAAUGAGCAAAAAUGGACGAAACCAGUGGUAAUAGAAGAAAAUGAGCAGUAAUGGAGAAAACCAGUAGUAAUGGAAGAAAAUGAGCAGUAAUGGACGAAACCAGUGGUAAUGGAAGAAAAUGAGCAGUAAUGGAGGAAACCAGUAGUAAUGAAAAAAAAUGAGAAGUAAUGGACGAAAUCACCGUAGAUAAGUUUUCUUCCACAAGAAAUGUAACUGUACUACACUGUACAGUGGAAAACCAAGGAGCUGUUCCAGAUUUAAGUACUUUUGCAAACUGUACUCCAGAGUUUAUGAAGGAUUCAUGGUUUAAGAGUAUCUAUCUAUCCAACAUAUUCAUCAUCAUAGCAAUAGGUGGGAUUGGAAAUCUGUUGACCCUGCUAUCGGUUCCCUAUGUUUUUGUAAGGUAUCCUGUGACAAGAUAUAAGUUUCCCUGGUUACAGAAUCCAAUGACUAUUCUGAUCCUCCAUCUGUCCCUGUGUGAUUUCCUGUACUGUACCCUAGGCCUGCCCUUCAUCACCCUACCGACCCUGUACGGAUAUUUCCCAUACUCGAAGCGAGUUUGCCGAUUAACUUCACUGCUUCGCAAUCUGAACGCUUAUUCUGAGUUUCUCACAAUUGCAUGUAUAGCUUUGUUAAGGUUUAAAGGUUUGAUAAAGGAACGAUUUGCUUUACCUCAGACUGGAAAUGGAUUUGAGACCCCGCUACGAAUGAUUAUUCUCUGCUUGUUAAUCUGGAUUCUUUCCUUUGUCAUCAUUUCUCCACGAGUCUUUGGUGUCAAGGAGCCUGAUUUCGGAGGUUUUGGUUACAAUCCUGUUGGGCUGUGUAACGUAGUUCAUGGCACAAAAUAUUCACCGGCAGGGCUAGUCUUCUCUGUAGGAUUUGCUGUUCCCUACUGUAUUCUUGUGAAUCUGUCCUAUGUAGUUCUAGCCUGCGUGAUCAAACAACGAGCCAGAUCCAACUCUUUAGGUAGUCAGACAGCAGAUACUGAUAAAGUUACACAAAUGCUAAUUUUUCUUAGCGUCAGUUUUCUUGUGUUUUGUGGACCCCUGGCUCCAAUAAAAUGGGCCGGAGUAUAUAUAAAGGAUGAGGAUGUAAAAAACUACAUAACCCUGAUAUCCUACUCCUGGUACUGGUGGACUUAUACUGUACACUUUCUAGUUUACUCUCUUUGCCUGGAGGAUUUUCCCAAAAUAUAUUCACUUUUCCUCAACGAUUUGCUCAAGCCAAUGGCGCUACCUGAACAAGCGACUACAACCGAACCACAACCUCCAUUUCAACUUCAAAUCCACCCUCAAACACAACCCGCCACCCCUGAGGGUUUGGAGCUGACAGAAAAUAGAAACCAACCCAUUCAGAUCAAUAAUAUAUUUAUUUAUGAACAAACCCUAAAUACUAAAAAUGAUAGCUUUAAUAAUCUGUCAAGAAAACAAAAUGUGCUCAGAAGAAAUUCUGUUUAAAAAAGGACUAAACAUCCUUAGUACAUUAAAAUUAAAACUCGCAAAAGAAGAAAAUUUUGUAAAAAUGUUUAUUAUUUUAUUUCUAAACCCAGAAAGUCUUUGUCAACAUAAGUAUAAAUAUCAAAUCAAAUCAAAUAUUUGUCUGCAGUAUUAAUGAAUUAUAACAGUUAUUAACAAAACAUUAAUACAGGGUGUCCCAAAAAACAUGGGAAUUCAGUGACGAAUUCAAAAUCGUCUUUGUUAUGAAUUAGCAAUGUAA